CUGUGUGUCAUGUGCCAGAAGUCAGGCGGCUCCUCUUACAGGGUUGGGGCAACCUCUAUAUAUAGCAGAGCGGCAGACAGUUGCUAGUCAGUGUGGUCCAGCAAGAAAGUCGUAGUGUGUGGAGGGGCCCUUGACACUGCCACUGCCUUCUAAGGUGCCCACCAUGACGCUGGGUUUGGAGCAGGCGGAGGAGCAGCGGUUGUACCAGCAGACACUCCUGCAAGAUGGCCUCAAGGACAUGCUAGACCACGGCAAGUUCUUGGACUGCGUGGUGCGCGCGGGCGAUCGUGAAUUCCCGUGCCACCGUCUGGUGCUGGCAGCCUGCAGCCCCUACUUCCGAGCACGCUUCCUGGCUGAGCCAGACAGCGCGGGCGAACUGCGCCUGGAGGAGGUGUCCCCCGACGUGGUGGCCCAGGUGCUGCACUAUCUGUACACAUCGGAGAUCGCGCUGGACGAGGCGAGCGUGCAGGACCUGUUCGCCGCGGCGCACCGCUUCCAAAUCCCGUCUAUCUUCACCAUCUGUGUGUCGUUCCUGCAGAAGCGCCUGUGCCUGGCCAACUGCCUGGCGGUCUUCCGCCUCGGCCUUCUCCUGGACUGCGCGCGCCUGGCUGUGGCCGCACGUGACUUCAUCUGCGCGCGCUUCCAGCUGGUGGCACGCGACAACGACUUCCUGGGACUCUCAGCCGACGAGUUGAUCGCCAUCAUCUCCAGCGAUGGCCUCAACGUGGAGAAGGAGGAGGCGGUGUUCGAGGCAGUGAUGCGCUGGGCGGGUGGCGGUGAUGCCGAGGCACAGGCUGAACGCCAGCGCGCGCUGCCCACUGUCUUCGAGAGCGUGCGCUGUCGCCUGCUGCCUCGCGCCUUCCUGGAGAGCCGCGUGGAGCGCCACCCUCUCGUGCGCGCCCAGCCGGAGCUGCUGCGUAAGGUGCAGAUGGUGAAGGAUGCGCACGAGGGCCGCAUCACCCUGCUGCGCAAGAAGAAGAAGGAGAAGGGAAAGGAGACAGCUGGGGCCAAGGAGGCCAAACAGGGCACCGCCGAAACCAAGGCUGAGGAUGAUGAGGAACGCGUGCUACCAGGAAUCCUCAACGACACCCUGCGCUUUGGCAUGUUCCUGCAGGACCUCAUCUUCAUGAUCAGCGAGGAGGGUGCCGUGGCCUAUGAUCCAGCUGCGAAUGAGUGCUACUGCGCCUCCCUGUCUACCCAGAUCCCCAAGAACCACGUCAGCCUGGUGACUAAGGAAAAUCAGGUCUUCGUGGCUGGGGGUCUCUUCUACAAUGAGGACAACAAAGAGGACCCCAUGAGUGCUUACUUCCUGCAGUUUGAUCAUCUAGACUCAGAGUGGCUGGGGAUGCCGCCGCUGCCCUCGCCUCGCUGCCUCUUUGGCCUGGGAGAGGCUCUCAAUUCGAUCUACGUGGUCGGCGGCCGGGAGCUCAAGGACAGCGAGAACAGCUUGGACUCAGUUCUGUGCUACGAUAGGCUGUCCUUCAAAUGGGGCGAAUCGGACCCUCUGCCCUACGCAGUGUACGGCCAUGCGGUGCUAUCGCACAUGGACCUGGUCUACGUCAUUGGAGGCAAAGGCAGCGACAGGAAGUGCCUGAGCAAGAUGUGCGUCUACGACCCCAAGAAGUUCGAGUGGAGGGAACUGGCGCCCAUGCAGACUGCCCGCUCUCUCUUCGGAGCCACGGUCCAUGAUGGCCGCAUUUUUGUGGCAGCUGGGGUGACUGAUACGGGACUGACCAGCUCGGCAGAGGUUUACAGCAUCACAGAUAACAAGUGGUCCCCCUUUGAGGCCUUCCCACAGGAGCGUAGCUCGCUCAGCAUGGUCAGCCUGGCGGGCACUCUCUAUGCCCUGGGUGGCUUUGCCACUCUAGAGACUGAGUCUGGAGAACUGGUCCCCACAGAGCUUAACGACAUCUGGAGAUUCAAUGAGGAAGAGAAGAAGUGGGAGGGGGUCCUGAGGGAGAUUGCCUAUGCAGCAGGGGCCACCUUCCUCCCUGUACGGCUCAAUGUGCUACGCCUGACCAAGAUGUGACCAGUGCAGGACCUUAACUGAACCUCCGUCCUGUCCUAUGGCCUCAUAGACCUGGCCUUAUGGAGUUCAGGGAGGAGGCUGGUAGAGGCUAGAGCCCUUCUGGUUCCCAGUAUGAACCCAGCGGGAUUGCUUCAACCAGAGAAGGGACAUCGCUGCCUAGUUCUCCAAGUCCCUCUGGGGCCACCAUGUCUCCUUCCAGGCUGUAAAGCCACAGGAAGGCAUCCCAGGCUGUAUCCUGGCCCUGCCCAGGUUGACUCUGUGUGCCCAUAAAGUCUGCCAAGGGACUUGGUGUCCUCGCCAAUCAGAUUGGAGCGUCUCCACCAAUUGCACCUUGAAGUGCCAAUCCAGCUCCUUUCCCAGGAACAAUAAACCGUCUUCUGAGCAGCUGGCUCAGAGUCUGGAAUCAGCUAUUACAA